AUGGCUGCACAACCUAGUAAAUCUGCUCCGGCACCGAAGCCUAGCGCUUCCUCCACACCACCCAGUAACGCAUCAGCUCGGUUGGAGAAAUCCCAUCCUGGUGUUCGCCGCUCGACGCCUGAUUCAGAAGCGUUGGCAUCCUCGGAUGAUGAUGGCGAGCAUGCGCAGCUCCCAGCAGCAACAACGGCUGCCCCUGUCCCUAAACCUGCCCGCCGUACUUCAUGGCUUAACGAGGUCCCUGCCAACCUUCCUCGAAAGGCUUCCUUGACUGCCACUAAUCCUCUGUCUUCCGGGGGCUCAAACCCCAGCAGUCCUGCGACUGACCAGUCCGGAUGGGCUGCAAAUACAAACCCAGGAAUGAGUAGCUCGAUGCAUUGGAACCAUGUUGGAGGUAGUUCGUUUCCGUGGACCACUGGAAUUUGGAACCCAGAUUCCAGAAAAGAGCCGCCGUCUCGAUUGACAGAGAUCGUUCCAUCACCCACAAUGACCAACCCCUCCACGGCGAGUAACUAUCUGAACGAAGAGUUACUUAGCCCCACGGCACAUACGACUUCAGGAGACCCAAUUCCAUUCCAUAUCCCACUGAAUCCAACACCGAAGGCGUAUCGCUCACAGUCUUACUCAGUUGGACAGCUGGAUCCGGAGUACCUAUCUCUGAUGGCCAACAAGUCCGCUGCGCCAUACUCCGGCGGUCGCUCUCGCAAUGGCGGACAGUUUUCUGCGCUGCAGCACCGCUCGUCGCGACCUAGUUUACUGGGAGAACUGGGUCAUGACCCUGCCACCCUUGGCCGUGUCCGCGAAGAUGAGGAUGAUGGGGGAAGCCCUAGUGGUUCUGAUGGAAGCUACAGCAAUUAUACGUCAAACCAAGCCCGUACCAUAGAGCAGCUUUCUAGAGAGAAUGCGUAUUUGCGCCAAGCUGCAGGGCAGAUGGACAGCGGCUUCAGAGAUCGUGCUAUGUCAUCCGCAUCGACAACUAGCGGAUAUGCUAUUGGGGCGGGCGGUCACAAUCUUCAUCGCAUUCAAGGAAGUGUUCCAGAGGAAGCAGAUCUUGCAGUGGAGGACCUGGAUGAGGUGGGGGAUAUUCCUGGCUACAGCAACAUCCACAGCAAUGCUGGCAGAAGAAGAUAUUCCGAACAUUCCGCCAAUAUUGAGAAACAGUUUCCAACAUUCGCCUCCAUGGAAAACCGGGCCCUGGACAAUAUCAGAAAGGCCCAUUGGCAAACCUCGCUCGGGUUCGGCAGCAUAUCUGAUAUUCCUCAGAGUCGGCGGCACUCUUUCGCGGAUAUCCCUAUUCGACAUACUUCUAUUUCUGGCGACUCAUCCAGAGCCGGGAUAGGAGAUCAGGAAGAUAACUAUGCGGGUAUUGGUGAAGGCUCUUUGUCAAGUACUCAAGGCCAGAACCGUGAGUAUCAGCGUUUUCAUAUGGUCCCUCGCCCCGAGGAACAUGAAAUGGAAGCGGAGUAUUUACGAGCUCGUCGAUUUGCAGAGUCCUAUUUUGCUCGCGACCAAGCUCUUCGUGCUGUCGACGGUCCGCCUUCGAUUCCCACCUCUCUUCACUCAGCCUAUACAAUGCCGAAUGCCUACGGUCGUCACCAACCGGGCAUGAUACAUCCGCACCAGAAUCAGCUCUUGUACAUUGUGACUUUUAAGUGUCACCGCGCGGAUGUUUUCUACAUCCAAGAAGAUACUGGCCUGCAGGUGAAAACUGGAGAUUUGGUCAUCGUUGAAGCUGACCGUGGCACGGAUCUUGGAACCAUUCAGCAUGCUAACAUUUCCAUGCAAAGGGCUCGGGAACUGAAGCAGCAGUAUGCAGAGGAGCACUACAAGUGGCUGAUGAUGUUUUCCAGGCAAGGGCAGAAUGGGGCAACAAAUGUUGUGAAUACCCCUGGGGCUGUCUCUGGACUGAACAGUCGAAGCACUAUUGGGGGCAUGGGCCCCCAUGGGCCCCAUGGGGUGCAGGAGCCUGCCGGCGAUAUCAAGCCUAAAUUAAUUAAAAGGCUUGCCCAAAACCAUGAAAUCCUGACACUACGCGAUAAAGAGGGGAAUGAGGCGAAGGCCAAACGGGUCUGCCAGCAGAAGGUCGCCGAACACCGGCUCAAUAUGGAGAUACUUGAUGCCGAAUUCCAAAUGGACUGGAAGAAACUCACAUUCUAUUAUUUUGCGGAUUCGUACAUCAAUUUCAACUCUCUCGUCACUGAUCUUUUCAAGAUCUACAAAACUCGAAUUUGGAUGUCAGCUAUCAAUCCAGCGUCGUUUGUCACACCGCCGUCUGCUGGCCUGCAAUCCCCCAAUCCUCUGGGAUAUAACCAGGAAACACAGAUUGAUCGUCCUCAUCAACACGAAAGUAGGGCAUAUGGCCCUACUCGAGACAGUGUAAAUCCUGGGAGAGAGACCAUUGCCAACCCUUUGGGAGUGCUACGCAAUGCUUACCCAGAAUCAUAUCAACCUUUCAACCAAGGCGCCAGGCCGCCGGAAUCCGGACUGGGCGGACUUGGUUCUGCUGACCCUUUCUCUCCUUACUCUCCCAACGCGUAUAGCGGCGGCAUGGAGUCGGGAUAUGCUGACUACCCCUCAAGCCCUGGCGCAAGUGUUGGGCCCACUCGAGCCCAUCCAGGCCCGAGCGAAUGGGUAAAUCGAUUCCAGGGUUUGUCACUCGGCUCUUAA